AGUUUUUCCCAUAAGGUCAAGUACUUUAUUUUGUUGCUAUUCAAUCUUUGGCUGCAUUUCCCUUAAUACUACAUAUAUGAACCGUCAUUUAGUGUAAAGGGGAAAUUGGAAGAUCUGGUUACAUCACAUCAUCGUUCAUUUUGUCAGCUAAAAAUGGCCACUCUAACUCGUCAUCCGCUCCAGAGGAUCGCGUCCCCGUCUAGACAAGUUUCCAUAUUACUUCACUUGGUGGGAAUAUUGUCGUUUAUAGCCUCUUUCAGGUUUCUCUUCACGUGGGAAACUCCAAUGUCAGCCGCAUUUGGCGGACACUUCCAGUUUCUUACGAUUAUCGGGCUAACUCUUGCGUUAUGCACAUACGUUGUCGGUUUCCUGGCUGAUGUUACUCUCUCCUCGCGGCUAUUCAAACUUAAGAAUGUGCUCUCCAUAUGCUCGACGCCAUUGGAGGUAUUGAUUAGCAUUCUUUACUGGGGACUCUGCGCAAUCGACAAAAGCCUCGUUUUUCCACCGGAGUUCCAGCUAGACUUUCUUCCAGACUUCGGCUUUCAUGCGGCACCCGCACUAUUCCUAACGAUAGAUCUGCUGCUUCUUAGUCCGCCGUGGACUAUACAUCGCUAUUCGGCGUUAGCUCUAAGCGAAUGCUUGGCGUUCCUAUACUGGUUUUGGGUUGAGUAUUGUUUCUCCCACAACGGCUGGUAUCCAUAUCCCAUCUUUGAUAUCCUAAGCACAUGGCAGCGCUCGCUUCUUUUUACAUUCUCUGCGUUUCUAAUGACCGGGAGUACGAUGCUGUUGAAGUGGGCGUAUGGAAGAAUAAAUGACACCAAGAAAUUUAAGAAAGAAGUCUAGGAUUGGUACGUAUCAACGUUCGAUAUGAUAUUCAAGCAUGCAGAUCACGGGCUCAAACAAUUACAUCCAUGAUAUAUACAGGUCCCAGUAUGUCGGACCGGCCGAGGUUUGAAAGAGAAUUAUGAUAAUGGAUUAGAUAUGCUACUCCUAGCAUAUUUAAUUUUUUGACAAAAGUUUC